GAGCAGAGAUCUCUGGAGCAAGAAGCACCUGCUUCACCUCCUGGCACUGGCAGCAGGUCCUAGUCCCCAGGAGGAGGGAAACGCACCGGGCCCAAGGCAGCCACCCACCCAUAAGGCGAAGAUGCAAGCACUCCGGACGUAGCAGCAGCACAGCUCCUGACCUCCGGGCACUAGCACCAGACGACGUGGCAAGCAAUCCUCCCGCCUUCCUCUUGCUGCCCACAGCCCCAAGCUUCUUCAUGGCUCCUGCUUCCUACAGCCUGCAGGGCAAGCGGUCUCCCCUGGCCACACUGGCUCUGCUAUGGGCAUCCUUGGCCUGGGUGGAAGGAAGGCCUGGCUGUCCGUCCUGUAAGAUGCCCCCUCUUGAGCCCAGCGCAGAGAAAGCCUUCCUGAUCGAAGUAGCCAAGCAGCAGAUCCUGGAGAAACUGAACCUGCGUGAGAGGCCCAACAUCACCCACCCUGUGCCACGUGCAGCUGUGGCCAACGCCCUGCGGCGCCUGCACAUGGGAAAAGCCCGAACAGAUGGGACCAGGCAUUUCUCUGGCUGGGACACCCCUGAGCCUGAUGAGCAGGGCUAUGAAAUGAUUAGUUUUGCAGAGACAGAAGCCUCUGGGCUACUACAGUUCCAGCUCACCCACUCCAAAGGCCAAGACAUGCACAUCCUUCAGGCCCAGCUGUGGCUAUAUCUCAAGGCCCACCGAAACAUCACCCUUCAGAUCUACUUGGCAGGGCCUCAGCGAGCAGCCCUGGUGGAGCAGCAGCUAGAGACCAAGGGAAGUGGCUGGCACACGUUCUCCCUCAUGCCAGCAAUACAGAGCUUCUUCAAGCGGGAGGAGAAGACUCUGCGCCUGGAGUUGCAGUGUGACGGCUGCCACCCCAAUGCCAUGUCUUUGGUGACUGCUCCCAGCAGCUCCCACCAGCCCUUUCUGGUGGUUAAAGCCAAGAUCCGGGAGACUGGCCAUCGGGUAGCCAAGCGCAGCCUCAGCUGUGACCAAAACUCUGACGUGUGCUGCCGAAAAGACUAUUACAUAGACUUCCAGGACAUUGGUUGGAAUGACUGGAUCUUUAAGCCAGAGGGUUAUCAGAUAAACUAUUGCAUGGGAGAAUGCCCCAUGCACCUGGCCGGUGCACCUGGGAUAGCAGCCUCCUUCCACACCACUGUCUUCAACUUGGUCAAAGCCAACAAUAUCCAGACUGCGGGUCGUUCUUGCUGUGUCCCCACCCAACGACGGGCCCUUUCUCUGCUCUACUUUGACCCAAACAGAAACCUCAUCAAAAUGGACAUUCCUGACAUGGUUGUUGAUGCUUGUGGCUGCAGCUAAGGACAAGGCAGUCACCAAGAACUGUGAAUGGCCAAAGUGGGGGACAUGGGAUAAAUUUCCUUCCAUCUGUAUUUGGACAUCUGUGAUGGUCCUGAUGCUCCAAUCCAAGUUGGGGUGGGUGGGAGGAUGGUGAGGACUCUUCUAGAGAGCAAUGGUGGCUUCUGCAAAGGAAAGCAAGAUGUAAUAGGAGGUAACCUUCUUGCCCCAAAAUAUAUGUGUCCCUGGUAAAGUGUACAGAGGGUGCUAGGUAGGGCUGCCAGCAGGAUCUUUGGGACUACGGACAUUAUUUAUAUUUCAGUCUGCCACUGGUGGUGGCUUCUUCCCUCCAAGUGGAUCUGUAGCUAAAUGGUAGAGCACAUGCUGUGCAGGUAGAAGGCUUCCAAGUUAGGCCAUGGGAGAAAGGUCAUCAAAACAUGCUCCUUGGGAGCAUGGCAGUCCACAGACACAGCACAUAAGGCUUCCUUCUACUUGUGAUGCUCCCAGAAUUCUCUUAGAGAAGACAAGAAAAUUAAUCACAGAAAUCCCGUAGAACUGACCAGCUGAAAACAAAAGGGCAGAGUUUGGGAUCCUUGUCCUGAAAGAUUAAUUUUAAUGACACAUGAUAUUAAUAUUCCCACUGCUGGUAUUCUUGUUUCCAUGGUUUUCCUUGAAGUCUGUGCCUCCAGGCAAACUGACCAGUGUUUUCUUGGGAAAGUAGUGGACUGAGCAUGCAGGAAAAGGAAAGGACUGAGGAUAGGAGGAUUCCUGCAUGCCCAGUUAGUCACACUAACAACAAAGGAGCCUUUGAUACCAUUAUGCCUUUUGUAUUUGUAAGUAUGUGUGUGUGAAUUUGUAUGUUGCAUCUAUGUUAA